AUGCCCAAUAAGAAAAAUAAAAACAAGAAGAAGCAUCACCAUAACUACAACCGACCAGAGUCACAUUACCCAGUGGAGAAAGACCCAUUAGAAGAACAAUUGCAAAAUUUACAAAUCUCAGAAAAUGGUUCCGGACCGACUAAGCCUUAUCGGAUCGAGGUAUCAGAAAUUGUUGGUCGUUAUUUGGUGGCUAAUCGAAAUCUAAAGCCAGGAGAAAUUUUAAUUAAAGAAAAAGCCUUGGCUAUUGGACCCUGUGUAUCUGCGGACCCGGUGUGUUUGGGUUGUUAUAUGCCGGUGACGCUGAAGGCGACACAAUAUAGAUGUUCCUCCUGCAAUUGGCCCAUGUGUGGCCCCCACUGUCGAGGCCUUCACAAAGAAACAGGCCACACAGCUGAAGAAUGUGAUCUCUUCCGUCGCGAAAAUACAGCCACACCCCUUACCCCCACAGCCUCUCCGGUCCGGGUGAAAAAUCUCUAUGAAUUGGUAAUGGUGGUCAGGAUUCUCCUAAAGAAACAACACAAUCCAGAGCUAUACGAACGCAUCAUGGUCAUGGAAUCGCAUCUGGAGAUGCGCAAGCAAAAUGCCGAACUCUGGAGCCAUUAUGAAAGUAACGUUGUGACAUAUCUACGUGAUACCUGGCAUUUGGCCGAACAAUUCACUGCCGAUGAGAUACACACCGUCUGCGGUAUUUUAGAUGUGAAUUGUUUUGAGAUUGGCCAAAAUUUAGCCAAGGCACGUACCUUAUAUCCGAGUGCUUUCCUAUUGGCUCACGACUGUUGUCCGAAUACGUCGCACACCGAUGAUCCGGAGACGUUUGAUAUUAUAUUGCGGACAUCGAGGAGUGUGCGGAAGGAUGAGGCAAUAACGCUGAGUUAUGCCUAUACUUUGCAGGGUACCCUCAAGCGCCGUGACUUUAUGCAGGCUGGCAAAUUAUUUUGGUGCUGCUGCAAACGCUGUUCGGACCCCUAUGAACUGGGCUCGGACUGCAGUGCCAUUGUGUGUGACAAAUGUCACAAAGGUUUGAUUAGAUCCACAAAUCCCCUAGAUCAAGAAGCCGAUUGGAAAUGCGAUCAAUGUCCAUUUGUGUUGCAAAGCCACACCGUUGUAAAGCUCUUGGAUAAAAUCAACAAUGAUCUGGAUGCCAUCGAUGCCCAUGAUAUACCGGGACUGGAGAACUUCUUGAAGAGAUACUCUGGAGUCCUGGGACCCAAUCACUAUCUUUUGCUCUCCGCCAAAUAUUCACUUUGCCAGUUGUAUGGCAAAAUUGAGGGUUAUCUACUGCCCGAAUUGUCGCUGGAGGAUUUGCAGAGAAAACUUAAUUAUUGUCAGGAUUUCCUAAAGGUUGUGGAUAUUUUGGAGCCUCAAUUGACCCGGCUGAGAGGCCUCAUAAUGUAUGAGUUACACGCCCCCAUGCUUAUGCUGGCUCAAAGACAAAUGAUGCUGCAGUUGUGCACCCGACGGGAUUUCAAUAAGGCCAUCAAGGAGGUGAUCUAUCUGCUAAAGGAGAGUGCGAAAAUUUUGAAAAUGGAACCACCCGGCUCGGCGGAACAUCAAAUGGGUGUGGCCGCUGAGGAUGCCUUAGAGAAAAUGGGUGUUCAAUAG